AUGGAGGCCUCCCAGGGGGUUGCGGAAGCCCAGGCCUUAAGCCCAGGGCAGACUGCUCAAUAUCAGAGAUACGUGAAAGAGGCCAAGGCGGCAACUAAGAAUGGAGAUCUGGAAGAAGCAUUUAAACUUUUCAGUUUGGCAAAGGACAUUUUUCCCAAUGAAAAGGUGAUGAGCAGAAUCCAAAACAUACAGGAAGCCUUGGAGGAGUUGGCAGAACAGGGAGAUGAGGAAUUUACAGAUGUGUGCAACUCUGGCCUGCUGCUUUACCGAGAACUACACGACCAACUUUUUGAGCAUCAAAAGGAAGGCGUAGCUUUCCUCUACAGCCUAUAUAGGGAUGGAAGAAAAGGUGGUAUCUUGGCAGAUGAUAUGGGAUUAGGGAAGACUGUUCAAAUCAUUGCUUUCCUUUCGGGUAUGUUUGAUGCUUCACUUGUGAAUCAUGUGCUGCUGAUCAUACCAACCAAUCUUAUUAACACAUGGGUAAAAGAAUUUGUCGAGUGGACUCCAGGAAUGAGAGUCAAAACCUUUCAUGGUCCUAGCAAGGAUGAACGUACCAGAAAUCUCAAUCGGAUUCAGCAAAGGAAUGGCGUCAUUAUCACUACAUACCAAAUGUUAAUCAAUAAUUGGCGGCAACUUUCAAGCUUUAAUGGCCAAGAGUUUGUGUGGGACUAUGUCAUACUUGAUGAAGCACAUAAAAUAAAAACCUCAUCUACUAAGUCAGCAAUAUGUGCUCGUGCAAUUCCUGCAAUUAAUCGUCUCCUCCUCACAGGAACCCCAAUCCAGAAUAAUUUACAAGAACUAUGGUCCCUGUUUGAUUUUGCUUGUCAAGGGUCCCUGUUAGGAACAUUAAAAACUUUUAAAAUGGAGUAUGAAAAUCCCAUUACUAGAGCAAGACAGAAGGAUGCUACUCCUGGGGAAAAAGCCUUGGGAUUUAAAAUAUCUGAAAACUUAAUGGCAAUCAUAAAACCCUAUUUUCUCAGGAGGACUAAAGAAGAAAUACAAAAGAAAAAAUCAAGCAACCUAGAAGUCAGAAUUAGUGAAAAGAAUCCAGAUGUUGGUGCCACUUGUGAAAUGCCCUCACUUUCCAGGAAAAAUGAUUUAAUAAUUUGGAUACGUCUUGUACCUUUACAAGAAGAAAUAUACAGGAAAUUUGUGUCUUUAGACCAUAUCAAGGAGUUGUUAAUGGAAACACGCUCACCAUUAGCUGAGCUAGGUGUCUUAAAGAAGCUGUGUGAUCACCCUAGGCUGCUGUCUGCUCGGGCUUGUCAGUUACUGAAUCUAGGGACUGUCAAAUUCUCUGCUCUAGAUGGAAAUGAAGGGGAAGAUUUCCCAGACAUGGAUCAUAUUGAUCAAAUAACUGAUGAGACACUGAUGGAAGAAUCUGGAAAAAUGAUAUUCCUAAUGGAUCUGCUUAAGAGAUUGCGAGAUGAAGGGCAUCAAACUCUGGUGUUUUCCCAAUCAAGGCAAAUUCUAAACAUCAUCGAACACCUCUUAAAGAAUAGGCACUUUAAGACAUUGCGAAUUGAUGGAACAAUUACUCAUCUUUUGGAACGAGAAAAAAGAAUUAACUUAUUCCAGAAAAAUAAAGAUUACUCUGUUUUUCUGCUUACUACUCAAGUAGGUGGUGUUGGUUUAACAUUAACCGCAGCAACUAGAGUGGUCAUUUUUGACCCUAGCUGGAAUCCUGCCACCGAUGCUCAAGCUGUGGAUAGAGUUUACCGGAUUGGACAAAAAGAAAAUGUUGUGGUUUAUAGGCUAAUCACUUGUGGGACUGUAGAGGAAAAAAUAUAUAGAAGACAGGUGUUCAAGGACUCAUUAAUUAGACAAACUACUGGUGAAAAAAAGAACCCUUUCAGAUAUUUUAGUAAACAAGAAUUAAGAGAGCUCUUUACAAUCGAGGAUCUUCAGAAUUCUGUAACUCAGCUGCAGCUUCAGUCUCUGCAUGCUGCUCAGAGGAGAUCUGAUAAGAAACUAGAUGAACAUAUUGCCUACCUGCACUCUUUAGGGAUAGCUGGAAUCUCAGACCAUGAUUUGAUGUACACAUGUGAUCUCUCUGCUAAAGAAGAGCUUGAUGUGAUAGAAGAACCUCACUAUAUUCAACAGAGGGUUCAAAAAGCUCAAUUCCUUGUUGAAUUAGAGUCUCAAAAUGCAGGGCUCCUGAUGGAACAACAAACAACUAGAAAUGAGGGGACCUGGCUAAGAGAACCUGUGUUUCCUUCUCAAACAAAGAAAAAAUGCCCCAAAUUCAAUAAUCCACAGCCUCAGCCUUCACCUCUUUUAACCACCCAUCACAUUCAGGAAGAUAUCAGUUCCCAAAUGGCAAAUGUAAUCAUUGAUGACCCACCAGAAGAGGGUGAGAAAGAUGAUCUCUCCAGUAUUAAGACAAACAUUACUAUCCCGCAAGAUGGUUGGCAUCCAUGUGAAAGUACAUUUGAUGCUGAUUCUAUAGCUACUUUCCCCAAAGGGUUUGAAAGUUUAGAAGAAACUUGGAAUGACUCAUUACUGGGAUUGUCAAAAAGCUUUGCAACUGAAAAGGAAGCUCUACCAAAAGAAGCCUUACAAGAGGGGCCUACACAAGAGGCACCGCAAGAAGAACCUCCAGGAAAUUUUAAUUAUUCGCUUACCAAAUCAAUCAAAGCUGAUCUCAAGCCAAAUCUGGAUCAGCUAAAGGAUGAUGAGAUUUCACAUCAGCACAAUCCCUGGCCCAUUAAUCCCAUAACAAAUGGAAAUCAAAAUACAGAAUCAAAUGUAUCUGUUAUUGAAAUAACUGAUGACUUGUCAGCAUCCCAUAGUGCACUGCAGGAUGCUCAAGCAAAUGAGGCCAACUUGGAAGAGAAACUUUCCACAUCUUCACCACAAUAUGCAUGUGACUUCAAUCUUUUCUUGGAAGACUCUGCGGACAAUGGAAAAAAUCCUCCUAGUCAUUCUUUAGAACAUAUGGAGAAAACAAAUAGCUUAUGUGACUCUGCAGCUAAUUCCAGAUCAGAGUUUGUACCUAGAAAAACAUGUCUCAGUUGGGAUUUUACUGAAAAAGAUGAUGAAGCAGAAGAAGUAAUAGUUAAUGUGAAAAUCAGAAGUAAAGCGAGAAGGAUUGUUUCAGAUGACGAAGAUGAAGAUGAUUAUGAUUCUUUUAAAGGUACCUCAAGCACAAAAUCAUUCCACACAUCUCCCUUUCAAUUCUCAUCUGUGAAACAAUUUGAUGCUUCAACUCCCAAAAAUAACAUUAGUCCUCCUGGAAGGUUCUUUUCCCCUAUAAUGUCCAAUAGUGUAAAUAAGUCUAUAAACUCUAGAAGAUCUCUGGCUUCAAGGAGAUCUCUUAUUAAUAUGGUUUUAGAACAUGUGGAGGAUAUGGAGGAAAGACUUGAUGAUAGCAGUGAAGCAAAGAGUGCUAAAGAUUAUCCAGAAGAAGAGGCAGAGGAAAGCAGUGAGGAAGCCUCUGAGCAUACAGAAGAGGAUCCUUCUGGAGAAACACUGUCUUCAGAAAACAAGUCUAGCUGGUUAACUAGGGCUAAGCCCAGUGCUUUAGUUCAGGAAACCUCUCUUACUGAGUCUGAGCCAUUAUCUAGUGAUUCUCCCCAGGAUGAAGCAGUGGAGUCUGUGAAUGACUAUGAAACUCUUAUAAUGCGUGGAAAAGAACUGAAAGAGUGUGGAAAACUACAGGAGGCCCUAAACUGCUUAGUUAAAGCACUUGACAUAAAAAGUGCAGAUCCUGAAGUCAUGCUUAUGACUUUAAGUUUGUAUAAGCAACUUAGUAACUCUUGAGAACAUAACCUAUGUAAAGUGAAACUGAGUAUGAGGUCAUUUUUGUGUCUGUAAUUGGAUUCUUUGGUUGGAGGCAUGAAAUAUUCAGACUUAGGUGUGAGAAAUAUCUCAAAAAGCAACUUCUGGCUCUACAGCCUGGCUCCUGGCUCCUCCUCCCCCUACACGUAUUCUGGUUGUGAGUACUAGCUUAAUAUUUCUUCAAUUGAAUACUCCUAAAUUUCCCUUAUGGGCAUGUCCUAUAAACUUAACUAUGUUAUUUCCUG